CAGACAACUGAGAUCAUCGGCAGAAAAGAAAGGAUUUGCAAAUGGAGGUGGCAAUAAUGAUCAUUCUUUGAACGACAAAAGGUACGUCUCGCCAUGUCUGAGUCUCUGUAUGAGAAGUUUUUAGCGCCAGAUGAGCCUUUCCCCCUCCUCUCCCAAAGAGCCAACCUCAGUGACGUGGGGACCCUGGAUGUGAGUGACUUUGGCUGUCAGCUCUCAUCUUGUCACAGGACCGAUCCUCUACACCGCUUCCACAGUAACAGGUGGAACCUCACUUCCUGUGGGACCAGUGUAGCCAGCUCAGAGUGCAGCGAAGAGCUCUUCUCCUCCGUGUCUGUGGGGGAUCAGGACGACUGCUACUCCCUUCUGGAUGACCAAGAACUAACAUCUCUGGACCUGUUUCCAGAGGGCAGCGUUUGCAGUGAUGUUUCCUCCUCUAUCAGCACCUAUUGGGAUUGGUCCGACAGCGAGUUUGAGUGGCAGUUGCCAGGAAGUGACAUUGCCAGCGGCAGCGAUGUUCUGUCCGACAUCAUCCCGAGUGUGCCGAGUUCCCCCUGUCUGUUCUCCAAGAGGAAGCCUAAGCCCCACCCUCACCGCAACCUGGAUGAGUUACCAUGGAGUGCCAUGACCAACGAUGAACAGGUGGAGUACAUUGAGUACCUGAGUCGGAAGGUGAGCACAGAGAUGGGCCUGAGAGAGCAGCUGGACAUCAUCAAGAUCAUCGACCCCUGUGCUCAAAUCUCUCCCACCGACAGCGAGUUCAUCAUCGAGCUCAACUGUCUCACCGACGAGAAACUCAAGCAGGUGCGGAACUACAUCCGAGAGCACGGCCCCAGGCAGCGGGCCAGCAGCACCAGAGAGGGCUGGAAGAGGAGCAGCCACAGCAGUGCCAGCACCGGCGGGGUCAGCGGAGCCAGCAGCAGUAACGCCAGCAUGGUCAGCUCCGCCAGCUCCUCCACCGGCUCCACCGCCUCCAACUCGGUCGCAGGUGGCACAGCAUCAGCCUGUAGCGGAGGCAGCGUUGCUAACAUUAGCAGAGCGCACAGCGAUGGCAACCUUUCCAGUGCUGCGGAACGUAUACGAGACUCUAAAAAACGUUCCAAGCAGCGUAAGCUCCAGCAGAAAGCCCUCCGGAAGCGGCAGCUGAAAGAGCAGCGGCAGGCCCGGAAGGAGCGCCUGAGUGGACUCUUCCUGAACGAGGAGGUGCUGGCGCUGCGCGUGACUGAGGAGGAGGACCGCGGCGACGACGACCUGGACAUACUGAUGUGACACCAGUGAACCAAUCGGUGCUCCCUCUACGCCUGUUCCCUCCCCCCCCCCCGCCCAGCCGCUGCCAUAGAGCCCAUAGACCACGCUACUCCCCAUCACUGCAUGCAUUAGCUUUGAGUACGCUAACACGAUGCAUUUUGUAAGAGUGAUGUCUGAUAGGCAGUGAUAGCUUGUAUUGGCUUCUGACAUAGCUUU